AUGGGGAUCUGGACCGCGAUGUACUUGGUCUCCGUGGUGUCCUUGGUGAUUUGCUACGACUUGCCGAACAAUCGCGAACUCUACAUCCACCGCAUUGGCCGUUCCGGUCGCUUCGGGCGGAAGGGCGUGGCGAUCAACUUCGUGAAGAACGACGACAUCCGGAUCCUCCGAGAUAUCGAGCAGUUCUAUUCCACACAGAUCGACGAGAUGCCCAUGAACGUCGCGGAUCUCAUCUGAUCUUCUCGACUCGAGCGGGAGUGCGCGGCGCAUCGUGGGGGUUGCGAGGUUGGGGAGUUGGGCGAAAGUUGCAACAUGAAGGGCGCGGCUUCAGUUGCACAAAGGGAACAAUCAGAUCAUAGAACCAGCAAUCACUCUGUUUCGGACGAUCCCCACCAGGGAGGUGCGAGGUGCUGCACAUGGCUUCGAAGUCGAUCCCUUGCCACUGCACUUCUGUGAUAUGCGGCAUUGCUGCUGAUGCAGGGUGUUUGCACAUGCUCUGUACGCGUGGUCUGCGAGCUUGAUCGUUCGUGCGAUACGCUAGCACCUCAG